GCUGUGGGCAGAAGGUCGUCCCUGUGACCGCCUUGGCGGUUGAGCAGCUGUCGCCAUGUUGUCGGUCGCUGCCCGCUCGGGCCCUUUCGCGCCCGUUCUGUCUGCCACGUCCCGCGGGGUGGCGGGCGCGCUGCGGCCCCUUGUGCAGGCCGCGGUGCCCGCCACCCCGGAGCCGCCUGUGCUGGACGUGAAGCGGCCCUUCCUGUGCCGGGAGUCGCUGAGUGGCCAGGCCGCGAGCCGUCCUUUGGUCGCCUCCGUGGGCCUUAAUGUCCCUGCUUCUGUUCGUUACUCCCAUACAGACAUCAAAGUGCCUGACUUCUCUGACUACCGUCGCACUGAAGUUUUAGAUAGUACAAAGUCUUCAAAAGAGAGCAGCGAGGCUAGAAGAGGUUUCUCCUAUUUGAUAAGUGCAACAGCUACUGUGGGUGUUGCAUAUGCUGCUAAGAAUAUUGUCACCCAGUUUGUUUCCAGCAUGAGUGCUUCUGCGGAUGUGUUGGCCAUGUCGAAAAUCGAAAUCAAGUUAUCUGAUAUUCCAGAAGGCAAGAACAUGUCUUUCAAAUGGAGAGGCAAACCCCUGUUUGUACGCCAUAGAACCAAGAAGGAAAUUGACCGGGAAGCUGCGGUUGAAAUAUCCCAGUUGAGAGAUCCACAGCAUGACUUAGAACGAGUACAGAAACCUGAAUGGAUUAUCCUGAUAGGUGUUUGCACUCAUCUUGGUUGUGUACCCAUUGCAAAUGCAGGAGAUUUUGGUGGUUAUUACUGCCCUUGCCAUGGGUCACACUACGAUGCAUCUGGCAGGAUCAGGAAGGGGCCUGCACCUCUCAAUCUUGAAGUUCCCUCAUAUGAGUUCACCAGUGAUAAUAUAGUGCUUGUUGGUUAGAGACUUGGACUCAAGUCAUAGGCUUCUUUCAGUCUUCAUGUGGCCUCCCAAGAGUUAUUUGAGAGCAAGCCUUCUGUACUUCAAGUUGGUUGAUUUGAAACAUUUAAGAAUUGCUAAUAAUGUAUUUGCAAACAUUAAUAUGAAGUAAAUUAAAUUUAAUAUUGAGUACUUUCAAGCAUUCAUUUAAUAAAGCCACUCAAACAUUGUUAAGCUUGGUCAUAGACUUGAAGGGUGCAAUGUCUGAUUGCUCAUUUUAAUUAAAAAUUAGACUGGUGUACAAGAUA